CGGUCUGCAGUCGAUGAGCAUGGAAUUUCGCCAACUAACCCAUACUCAGCUGUCGGUGAUAAGUUUUAUUUCUACGGCUUAGCCGACGAGACAGACUUGGAUUGUACCCUUUCUUUGUCAUGGUUGGCACUGCUCCGACCAAAUGGCUACCACAUCCAGCCAACAGUCAGCCAAUCCGGCAAAUAAUCCACCUCCCAUUGCUGCCAGGCCCUCGGGUGUCUCUGGACAGCAACCCUCCGAAUCUCCUACGCCCGGCCUAAUCGCACCGUCGCCAUCCUCAGCCGGCCCUACUACAAAUGGUGGCACCAAUGGCCUACUAUCUUCUACAUUGUCCAAUGACGGUUCCUUUCAUACAGAUCUAAGGCAGUAUCCUCGGGACGGGCGCGUUAGAAAUCCAGUCCCCAGUAAGCUGAAGGAUGUUACGGAACAGAUGAAGGGGAACUUCAGCGUAAUGCAUAUGGAUGUUGCCAGUCAUCGCGCAAGCGAGGGCCGUGAUGCUGCUGCGAAGCGCACGAGCGAGAGCACGGCCUUGCAGGCUAAGCUAGCCCAGACUGAUAGUUACGUGUCUCAUCAACGACGAGCAAACUACCCCAGGCCGCCUGGCUUGAAACAAUUCACAUCCCCGAAGAAGUCUGCUUCUGUAGAACCGGUUCCCGAAAUAGCACCCGUAGUUGAGGAAUUGCGUCCUCUCACUAUUACCGAAACAAAAACCGAACAAGCACGAUUAUUGACGCUUCUGAGAACUCUCCCCCCUCAUACAGUGGUAGACCAAUUAUGUAAAGCGCUUGCAUUCUUUGGCGGCAUACCAGAGGCACCACCCCCAGCAGAUGGUAAAUUUCCUGAAAGCGCAGAGGCGAACGGCUCCGGUUCCUUAUUUGUUGGGUGGAUCGCUGAGAUAUUUCCUAAUCUCAAGGAGCCUCGAAGGCGGACAUCGAUUCCAGCCACGCAGCCGAUGAAUUUGCGACGACCCAGGGGACGUCCAAAGGGCAGCAAAGCCAGCAAAUCUCGGAGUGACAAGGGUAUGAAGAAAGGUACUAAGGGUACCACAAACCGAGCCCAAGAAGCUCAAGAUGACAGCUGGGUGGAUGUAGAGGAUAGCGUUCUAGAAUUGAACGAAGAUGACGAUCUAGUCGAAGUAGAGGGGCCAUCGGAGAACGCUCCGAGUACACCCCCCCAACUUCACGAAGAGGGGCAGUUUAACAAUACUCCGAUGAUGGGCUCGACAGGCGGUUUUAAAUCUAUUAACGAUGCGAAUACCACGCUUGGGCCUGGAUCCAGCAUAAAACGGCGUGGUCGACCGAAGGGUUCCAAAAAUCGACCUAAGGAUGCUUCCGGUGUACAGCAAGCUAAUCAGUCAGCUGAGUCCGCAUCUGCAAACCCGAAUUCCACUCCUGUUCAAGCCGAUCAUGCAUUAGCGCAUCCAAUACCGCCAAAGGUGACUCCUGUGCCGGUACCGAUUCCCAUGUUUGGUGAGCAACCGAAGAGGAAGGCGAAUGCUGGACGGCCAAAGGGUUCUAAGAAUCGCCCCAAGGCCUCCAGCGAGUCCGCAGGUCAAGAUGGCACUACGUCUCAGCAGUUGCAAACGACCGAACUGGUGAAUCACCAAAAUAAUCAGCAUCCCGCACGGAUGCCUAUUGUUGGCCCUUCGUUUACAGGCAGCACUACCACGUCCUCUAUCGCGGAUGGUGCUAAUUCUCAGAGCGACCAGCGAUCUCAGCUGUUACCUCCGCCUGCGAUGUCUAAUAGCCAGACGCCGACUCCUCAAGUUAAGGAGUCCUCAAUAGUUGGGAAGAAGCGGAAGCGUCAGUCUGCCCCUAUCGGUACUAUCCACCUUCAAACUGACGGAGCCUCCGAUGGUGGCGUCGGAAGUAACGCCACUUCCCAGCAAACACAAGCGAGUCUUUCUCAAGCAACCUCAGUUCCAAUUCCCCAAGUGCAGCCAUCGGCUGUUGCUGUCCAGUCUAUUCAGCAGUCUUCUGCCAAUGUUAAUAAUACGCCGUCUACAAAACGGCCGCGUAAAUCCCAAGAGUCAGGUUCGCUACAGACGGCGAAACGCUCGACUCCGAAUAAUAUAGGGAAUAAAAAUUCUGCGUCAUCUACAGCGACCAGCUUGGAUCAAAACCGGCAAUCUAAUCAGAUUUCCAUCCCAUCACAAAACCAUACGCAGGCCGAAGGCCUCGAAGCUCAUUACGAGCGAAUAGCUGCACUACAGAACCGUAGUGAUCCAGUACAGAGCAAUGCCAAUCGCUCUCAAAAGCAACAGCAGCAUCAAACGACGACAUCGAUGGGCAAUACGGCGUCCCCAACUCCCGCGGAAGGAUUAGAAGCUCACUACGAACGUUUUACAGCCCUCCAAAACCGCCAGGACAACGCAAGACAGCAGACUGCCAAUCGUCAGCAGAUGCAGCAGACUACUCAAAGCGCUUCUCCUAUUUCUUCGCAGGCAUCCAAGGCCCCCCAGAUGCCAUCUACGCUGGCUACCCACCAGCAGAGCAGACCAUCUCAAAACUACUACCAAACACAGACUCUUAACCCGUCCUACAAUACACAACCAUCUGCGUAUUCUACUAGUCAACGUCAGACUCAGCAUAUGGCUACAGGAUCUCCCGGAACAGGUCUUGUACAGCACAUGACUAAUUCUCCUCAGUUCGGCGCACAGUCAAACUCACCGCUCUUACAGAGCGACACUAAUUAUAGGGGGUCGCCAUCACUCGUCCACAGCAGUACGGGAUACCCACCGCGUCGAACACCUUCGGCGUCACCGCUAGAUAACAACUAUCGUACGGGAGGUGCCACAGGUCAUGGCGUCGCAAACCACUCUCCUCACUUCGGCGCGCGCCAAACACCGACGACUACACAUAGCACGUCGCAUUCCGCGAUGCCCUCAACAUUUGCGCCCUCUUUCGACUCGAGCUUUCUGGAACUCCAGAACUUGGAUUCGGGUAAUAGCCACGGUGCGCUAGGUCUCGGGACUGGCUCGUACGGGCUGAGCAGCGGUGGCGUACCGUCUCAGCAACGGACAACCGGCUCGAGCGCAGCAUCGCUCUAUUCUUCCACCACGGGUAUGAACAACAGUUAUCUACCUUCCUCAAACGUUAGUCGCGCUACCCAGAACAGGUGGCCGUCGUGAAAAUUUCAUCUGAAAAUUUCAUCUCGUAUGAGACCGAGACCUGGGCAUUUUCUAGGUUUUCGAUAUGCACAUGAUAUACGACAGAAUGUGGCGUUUAAGGAAAUGGAGAAAAAUAAAAUAAAGUGGCGUUUGUAUAUGGAUCUUAGGGGGGGUUGAGAGCACGACUUCGAACUGCUUUCUCUCCCUUUUUAUGGUUGUUCUAUUUCCUCUGCAUAGUUUUUACGACGGAAAGUUUUAAAGGAAAUGGAUUAUGGAAAGGGAAGAAAUGAAAGGGAAAGGAACAUGGCAUUAGGGAGCUAUUUGUUAUUCAUUCUUCGUUUCUUCAUAGUUUAAAUGACUUCCUACCCUCCUCC